GGGUCUGGGGUAGAUAGGGGGCCAGGACAGGCCUAUGAGGCCCAAGGGGUAGUCGAGGCGUGGGAUCGGGGGGUAUGUGGGGCUGGGGGUGGCCGCUGCCUGGUCUGUGGGACCCCCGAGCCCACCUCAGGGGCAGGGGGCACCCGCCAUGAGUGACCCCCCCGCAGCACGCAGCAUGGUGGAGUACCGGAUCCGGCCGUACCGGCAGGAGGACGGUGAGGCCGUGCGCGAGAUCUUCGCCACCGGCAUGAGCGAGUACGCGCCGGCGCUGUGCCUGCACGUGCUGCGGCAGCCCUGGGCGCUGCUGGCGCUGGGCAGCACCGUGGCCGCGCUCCUGGCCAGCGCCCGCUCGCUGCUGCUGCCGCUGCUGGCGCUCACGCUGCUGCUGGCGCUGGCCCGGCACCUGCUGGGCUGCGCCUGGAGCGCCUACAUCGACCGCUGCCUCGCCGGCGACCUGCGCGACAUCGGCGCCACCUACGCCGAGAGCGCCGGGGCGCGGUUCUGGGUGGCGGAGGCGGACGAGCGGGUGGUGGGCACGGUGGGCGUGCUGCCGGGCGACGCCGACGGCGAGCUGGUGCUGAAGAGGAUGUCAGUGCGCAAGGACUACCGGGGCCUGGGCAUCGCCGCGGCGCUGGGCCGCACGGCGCUGGCCUUCGCGCGGCAGCGGGGCUGCCGGGCCGUGGUGCUCAACACGCUGAUGCUGCAGCACCGCGCGCAGGCGCUGUAUGAGCGCCUGGGCUUCCGCCGGCACCGCCGCUACGUCCUGCCCACACUGUACGGCCGCCUGGCCAACUGCACCAUCACCGUCUACCGCUACGAGCUGCCCUGAGCCGGGGCUGGCACCGCGGCACCAGGGGACACGGGGGAGCCUUGACCAGAGCCCGGCACUGGCUGUGCCACGGGGGCUGCUGCUGACCCUGCCCGCCGGACACGGUGCAGCCGCGGGGCACUGGCCGCGGGUUCGAUGCUUCUCAGGGACUGCGGUGGCACGGGGGGUAGGGACCCUCGUGCCCAGUGCAGUUUGGGGUCUGUGGGGCACAAUGGGCGGCUGGCGGGGGCUGCCCCCACCCUGGCAGCAGGCAGAGGUGCCACGGUACUCCUCACCAAACCCUGCCCAGGGGGGCCGUGUCCCGCCUGCUCCUGACACCCCCAGGUCACUCGGUGGUGCCUGCGGGUCGGGCGCUGCCCCUGUGCAGGGGGAGGAAUAAAGGCUCAUCCGCAGCA